GAGAAGACGAUCAUCACCAGACCGGAUGGCUGCCAACUCACGCCCCUAUCCGGUGCUGUUGACCCGCUCCGUCUAGAAGACCGCAGCAACGUGCACCAACGCGAACCGCCGUCUCGGCCACGUCGCCGCCGGAACGAAUACAGGGGAUGCCACCGUACGUGGUGACCGGUGACCGCGCGCGAGGUUUCGCCCACUCCGCACUGCCGCGGACGUCUUCCCCGUCACCUACCAUGGGCCCCGGCUCCCACCCGUAGUACAAGAAGGCGGCCACCCCACCACCACCACAGACGCCCGAAGCUCCAACCAAAUCCAUCAUCACCAUCAUCAUCCUCGCCUUAUUAAACCAAAACCCCCCGCGCACCUGAUCCUCCAGUGCUGUCUGCCAUCACAGCGUCCGUUGCAUCGCGCGAUCUUUCGUCUUUAGCUCUGGGAGAGUGGGUCGAGCGGUCGAUCGGUCGGGCGGGUGGCAUGAGCCCCGGGAGCGGCAAGCUGCGGUGGCUGUGGAGGGCGCCGGCGCGGGCGUUCGGGCGCGCGCGGGACUUCUACGUGAGGAGCAUCACGGGGUGCGCGCGCUACGUGCCCGCCGACGCGGCCUUCGGCGCCUACCCGGUGCUCGUGCCGGCGCCGCUGCCCAGGAGCCAGAGCUGCGGCUCCGGCGCCGGCUGGGACGGCGGCGAGGAGGACCUCCGGGAGCUCAUCCGCGCCGCGUCGCAGAGGCGCGACGGCGAGCAGCAGCGGCAGGCCGCCCAUCUCCAUGCCGUGCCCAGGAGCCAGAGCGUGGCGGGGGCGGCGUCCAUGGCGCGGAUCGAUGAGGACGCGCCGUGCGAGUUCGCCUCCGGCGCCGCGCUCUACUCCCGCAGCCAGAGCUACGCCGGCGGCGCCUUGGGGGCCAGGAAGUCUCUCUGCCACAGCAAGGUGGCGGUCCUGGGCUGAGCUAGCUGCCAUGCCACUGCCGUGCCGGCUGCUCCUCGGCUCCUCUCGUGUGUGAUCGUUUCAUGCUUGUCAAAAUUGUUCAUGCUGCUCGGAUCCAACUAAAAUUGGGACUCUGAGCUUGUAAAUACGAUACAGGGAGGAAUUCAUGCACGUGUAAUUUUGCUUGUUUGGUUUUAGUCUUGAUCAUGACUAAAAAAUCGUGAGCUCCACGGUCCUUCUCUA